GGGCCAUUCUUUCAUCCAUUGAAUGCCAGAAUCGUUGAUUUUGUUGUGAAACCCAAGCCUCAAACUCAAAAACAGUGUGGCGCUAAUCGAGUCGUGGGGUGGCAUCCUCUAUCUCCGUCCUCACUUUCCUGAAAAAGCAGCUCCUUCCUUAUAGUCGGUGGAGAUGAGACGAAUAACGGGAAUGGCAAGGGAUGAAACUUUGAUCGAAAUGAAGAGCGCAAUGGAUUCCCAGAUUGGAGGUAAAGAGCACAUUCAGAGAUUAGCCUACUUUGGUAAUAUACAAGGUAAACGUAGUAAACGUAGGCUAUACCAUAAUCUUUGUUUUCAUUGGCUAUUAAUACGUUUACUAUAGCGCUUUCAGAAAAUGCUAAAGGAAACACAACCAACCAAAGGUGAAUGAUGGGCUACUUCAAUCAGUUUUGUGACUAGAACUACCACUGUCUAUCAUUUGGGUUCUGAAUAAUGUUUGGCUAAUUACAUGUGUCUGUGCCAUAUGCCACUGUGUUAGUGGGCUACCUGGAUGAGAGGCACAUACAAUGUUUUUCCUAAAGAUUCGCAAAUGUAAUGGAAUUUACAUGUUAUUUAUGACAGAUUAUGUUUCAGAAAAAGUUUCAUGUGUUUGUACAGUUGUACAAGUAAAUGGAAAAGGUUUGAAAAAUAGUUCUGAAAUGAUUGAAAAUACAUGAGAUGACGUCAUUCACAUGCUGUCAGGUCUACUGGGAAAGAGAUGGACAAAUUUGAACUGUCAAGUGUUUCCAGAUUUAUAUGACAUUUGACCAAUAAUUAAUUACAAUAUGAGUGAAAUAGUUCUCCUUACAAUUUUUUUUAAAUUAAGUAUGUUAAAAAACAACUUUUCUGUGUUGGAAUGGUGUGGGUGUACCCCAACAACAGAAUGGUGUGGGCAUAUACCGGUCCCCAAAAAUAUUUAUGCUAGUAGACUGCUGAUUGGCCAGCUAGAAGAUGACAUCAUCCUCUAUAAGGAAAUAGCAAGCAUUUUUGAAACGUCUGUUUGAGAUACAAGUUUGAGUGUUUUUUCUUCCUAUUUAUGCUUUGGCCACAUAUGAGUCAGCAACAGUAUUUGGGUAUGAGUUAUCAGAAUAUGAACAUUUUAAAGUUAGAUUUUUACUGGACAGUUACUUACAUUUUUACAUUUUAGUCAUUUAGCAGACGCUCUUAUCAAUCAAUCAAUCAAUCAAUUUUAUUUUAUAUAGCCCUUCUUACAUCAGCUAAUAUCUCGAAGUGCUGUACAGAAACCCAGCCUAAAACCCCAAACAGCUAGUAAUGCAGGUGUAGAAGCACGGUGGCUAGGAAAAACUCCCUAGAAAGGCGAAAACCUAGGAAGAAACCUAGAGAGGAACCAGGCUAUGAGGGGUGGCCAGUCCUCUUCUGGCUGUGCCGGGUGGAGAUUAUAACAGAACCAUGCCAAGAUGUUCAAAAAUGUUCAUAAGUGACAAGCAUGGUCAAAUAAUAAUCAGGAAUAAAUCUCAGUUGGCUUUUCAUAGCCGAUCAUUAAGAGUUUGAAAACAGCAGGUCUGGGACAGGUAGGGGUUCCAUAACCGCAGGCAGAACAGUUUAAACUGGAAUAGCAGCAAGGCCAGGCGGACUGGGGACAGCAAGGAGUCACCACGGCCGGUAGUCCCGACGUAUGGUCCUAGGGCUCAGGUCUCUCAGUUGGCUUUUCAUAGCCGAUCAUUAAGAGUUGAAAACAGCAGGUCUGGGACAGGUAGGGGUUUCGUAGCCGCAGGCAGAACAGUUGAAACUGGAAUAGCAGCAAGGCCAGGCGGACUGGGGACAGCAAGGUGUCAUCAUGCCCGGUAGUCCUGACGUAUGGUCCUAGGGCUCAGGUUCUCAGAGAGAAAGAGAGAACGAGAGAAUUAGAGAGAGCAUACUUAAAUUCACACAGGACACUGGAUAAGACAGGAGAAGUACUCCAGGUAUAACCAACUAACCCCAGCCCCCCGACACAUAAACUACUGCAGCAUAAAUACUGGAGGCUGAGACAGGAGCGGUCCGGAGACACUGUGGCCCCAUCCGAAGAAACCCCCGGACAGGGCCAAACAGGAAGGAUAUAACCCCACCCACUCCGCCAAAGCACAGCCCCCGCACCACUAGAGGGAUAUCCCCAACCACCAACUUACAAUCCUGAGACAAGGCCGAGUAUAGCCCACAGAGGUCUCCACCACAGCACAAACCAAGGGGGGGGCGCCAACCCAGACAGGAAGAUCACGUCAGUAACUCAACCCACUCAAGUGACGCACCCCUCCCAGGGACGGCAUGAAAGAGCACCAGCAAGCCAGUGACUCAGCCCCUGCAACAGGGUUAGAGGCAGAGAACCCCAGUGGAGAGGGGAACCGGCCUGGCAGAGACAGCAAGGGCUGUUCGUUGCUCCAGCCUUUCCGUUCACCUUCACACUCCUGGGCCAGACUACACUCAAUCAUAUGACCUACUGAAGAGAUAAGUCUUCAGUAAAGACUUAAAGGUUGAGACUGAGUCUGCGUCUCUCACAUGGGUAGGCAGACUGUUCCAUAAAAAUGGAGAUCUAUAGGAGAAAGCCCUGCCUCCCGCUGUUUGCUUAGAAAUUCUAGGGACAAUUAGGAGGCCUGCGUCUUGUGACCGUAGCGUACGUAUUGGUAUGUACGGCAGGACCAACUCGGAAAGAUAGGUAGGAGCAAGCCCAUGUAACGCUUUAUAGGUUAACAGUAAAACCUUGAAAUCAGCCCUUGCUUAUCCAGAGCGUCUUACAGUUAGCUAGUGAGUGCAUACAUUUUUAUACUUAAAGCCUAUUGCAGAAGUCUGUAAAAUGGCAUGUAUUUGGCAAUUUCUUUGUUGAUUUACACAUCAGCAUUGACCCCAAAUAAAUUCAAUAUUAUUUCUAAUGAUGUAAUUAUAAUAAUCUCCAAGCAGGUUUGUGAUAAAAAAAUAAUUGCGAUUGCAAGAUGGAUGUCUAAUUCAUUGCAAGGUUGAUCUGUUACAUACAGUGCUAAUGUAUAGGCCUAGUAAAGCUGAUGCAAGCGGCACUCUGCUUAUCUAUAUCCCUCUAUUGAGAACUUACUAGUCACUUAUUAGUAACAACUUAGUAGUCACACACGCUUGAAACUGGCCAUUGUUGUGUCCAUGCCUGCCCUUUUAAACACCAUCAACUGCCCCAUAACUUCAGUAUUGCUCUAGCCCCCUACAUCUCCCCUUAAUGUGCUCUUGUGCUCCUGUGUGAAUAAGCUGUGUCCUAUGUUCAUGUUUUCCUUUAAAUUUCAUGGCGAAAAGGAAACAAGUUGUAGGUAGACAUCUGCAAUGGUGUGCUAACACAGUCACUCACUGAAGACAUCUGUAGGGAGGAUUUGGAAUGUUACAGUACUACUCUUUUUCCAAUUGUGCUCAGUGACAAAUAGACUUAAAGGUCACCACCCACUUUGGCGAUGCACAAUAUAUUACUAGAUCACAUUUGUUAUACCAAAAAUGUCAAAUUUUGUCACAACUUGUGAGAAUGUGGCAGUGUGCCUAUACAGAGUAGCCCACAGAGAUGACUUGGUCUCCAAGUACAGCCAUCCACUGCACAAUGUGUUAAGCUGUCAUGGUAGCAAGGGUCCCUCGAUGAAAUGUUGCUGGUUGAGAGGUAGCUCAGAAAAUGUAGAGCUGUUGUGGCUAAUAAACAGAUUUGAACAAUCACAAAUGUUCCUUUUGUUAAGAAUACUUUGUAGGCUACAAUUUAUUAUGUAUGGCUUCACAGAAAGAAAGUACUUGAGCAUUCAUAAUGUCGACAGUUAAAGUGGUUUCAAUAAUGCCGCAGUAAUUAUGGCUUUGAGAUAUUGUUUCAUCCAUCACUCCGCUGCUGGGAAAUUAAGUGAGUUGGAGCAAGUUCACUGAUGAAUAGAAACAGUCAGGCUUCCCUCCAACCUCUCUCACACUGUUUACAUCCCUCUUAGCAUCUCACCACUAUAGGGUGGCAGGUAGCCUAGUGGUUAAGAGCGUUGGGCCAGUAACUGAAAGGUUGCUGGUUUGAAUCCCCGACUUGACUAGGUGAAAAAUCUGUCGAUAUUCCCUUGAGCAAGGCACUUAACCCUAAUUGCUCCUGUAAGUCCCUCGGGAUAAGCGUCUGCUAAAAUGUAAAUGGCAACCAUAAAUGGAAGAUUCCCCAAACAAACUCUGCUGCCCAUUUUACUUAUUUGGUAUUACAGAAACCGGGCCAAGCGAUGUGGUUCCACUAUCUCUGAGCAAUAGGCAUUUCUGUUCCCACAAUAACAUUGAUGCUUUUAAUGUGAAGUGAGUUGACUGAGCAGGUUCAUUUAAGGACAAUCUGUCACUUGCCCUUUGGUGUUAAGGCUCCUUGUUAAUAAAGGUCCACAGUAUGGCUGACUGCACACCCUGGGUCUAGAUAGUAUGGAGUUCUGUGUUGAUAGACUGCCCUUUCACACCAAUGGCUUUGUGUUGGCUGUUAUCAGGGAAAACCUUCUGGCGCAAUAACAGAGGAAGAUACAUUUAUAUGUGUGUCUGUGUUGUGGAUCACCAUGUUGACAGUUUUAUGUAGGGACUGAACGUGAAUAGACUUCAGGUUCAUCUGCAUCUAUAAUACAGUUCUAUUACAUAAUCAUUUCUUUUGAUAGUUAUAUUACCCACAUGCUCACACUGGCUGCCUUGUUAUGGCUCUUAUGGCUCUAUAUCAUUGAAAUAGCCAAAAUAGUUGUAUUGAAAAGUUGCUAUAAGGCACUGUAGUAUUACCAAACACUAGGCCUGCUAUUCUACAAACAACAUCUCUCACUAUCUCAGUAAAACCUCUAUUCAUUCACACUCAAUGCUUUUAGGGAUGAGACCUAAGCCUUUCAUAGCAUGUUGCCAAUUCUGUAUGCCUAAUUGGUGGUCUUGAUCAGGGGCAGUCAGGCACAAACUAGGCCUAAAUAAUAAUAAUUGCAUUACAGCACUCACCCGUAAUCAUUGAUGAUCUAAUAAGAAACUGUUAUUAGACACCGCUUCCAUUUAAGGUGCUUUAUAUCUGGCUAGGGACGGCAAGCCAGUGAAUUCAUCUUGGCUCACAGACUAGGGGGAGCCUCGGUGUUGCCAUGGAAACUGACUCAGUAAUUAUAUUUUCUGUUUGAUAUCUGAGUAAUGUAGACUGUGGGCAGUGUCUGAAUAUCUGAAUAUAGGCGGCAGGGUUAACCCACUUCUCAUUUCUGUUUCUGGAUGUCUGGAUUUGUCUCCUUUCACCUCCAAUUGGUUAUUAUCCCUUCAUUGAUCUUCCACAAUUACAUUUCAAUGGCCAUGAGCAGAUGAAUAUAUCAGUCUUGAAUAACAUUGAUCGAUGCACUUGAUCACAGUGGGCUUUGUUAUUGUGUUGCUUUGUGGGUUUAGGAAGCUCUGUGCCAAAGCAUUCCAUGUUCUGUCUGUGGGUUAACCUGGGCAUCAAAUCUGAUUAGGCUAACAGGCAACAAGCUACGAAGAACAAAGAACAACAGUUUGUUUUCAUGUACUCUGCCAUAUCCUCAGUGGUGAUUAUGCAAUAUGCAACAUGGCCAAAGGGUGCAGAUGAGGAAAAUUAGGGGAAAGUUUCUGAAGGACAAAAUCAGUAAAAGUCUAACAUGUCUACUUUUCCUCCUUAUGCAAGAAUGCCUCAUUCAAACAGUAUAGUAUUAGAAGGAUGAAAUUUCAUGUCUGUUUUAGAGAAGAUAAAAUAUGAAUUCUGCUAUCUGCCCUGCCCAUGAUCCCUCGCUGGGAGGAGCACCAGGGUAUUGGUCCACUCCACUGAUCUAACUUUCUGGGUUUUGUCAAGGCACAGUUCCCUUCUGGGACUAGGGCUAUUGUAUCCUGAAGAUAAGAAGGGAGAUUUUGUUUGUUUCAUGUGCAGAAAGUCAUCAACAGACGAUGUGAGAAAAGGGAUUCAAAACAGCUUUCCAACUGGGCAAAAACUGGUUGAAUCAAGGUUGUUUCCACGUAAUUUCAACAACAAAAAAUGUUAUGUGAUGACGCUGAAUCAACUGAUUUGGAUUUGAAAAAAGUAUUAAACAUAAGGGAAUUUAAUAUUUUUUUUCACUCAAUUUACGACCUAAAUCCAAAUGACAUGGUGUUUUGUUGAUUUCAUGUUGAAUUCACGUUAGUUGACAACUCAACCAAAUGUAAAUCAAAACUAGAUGUUGAAAUGACGUCUGUGCCCAGUGGGUUUCUACCUUUAGCACUGGGAGUAUGGCCUCCCCCUAAACAUAGACCCUAUGCUGCUUAAUUUAAAACAUGCUAAAUAAAAUGUAUUUAAAAAUCCUAAAGUUAGCGUUUGGUGACCUUAGCAAGGGAAACAAAAGCAAAGCAUGGAUUGGUCUCUCUUCCUACAAGGUAAGGAAACCAAUGUAAUUUCAGUGAACUAUCCUGUAUGUUGUCUUUCCCCUGAGGAGAGAGAAAAUUGAACUUGGGGAUGAUGUCAAUAGUUAGGCUAUUGAAGCCAUGAGUCAUGUAUGUUUGAGCCAGUCAAAAGAAACCAGUCUGAUACAUCCCGGUGCUAUUUUUAGCUGGAGCUACAAAGAUGAUAAGAGUUUAGACAUAAUAGGUCACAUCAGGCCAUGGUAGCAACAUAGUGACAUUGUUGUGUAUUCAUUGUGUCUCCCACAUCACUAACAUCUUUCAACAAUAGGAUGUAUGUUGCACAAGCCUCACAUGCUGGCCUUCUAGAUGAUCCAUCUGCUGUGUGUAUGGCCAUAAGACUUAUGGCUGGUUAUCUUACCAUGUUGGUCAUGAGUGAAUGAGAAUGUUGUGAAUGUCGGUGGCCUACAGUGUUUCCAUGAUCAACUAAUCAGCUCUAGUUAUGUGGGGGAUGAAUGGCAUAUAAUGGCCAUUGAUUUCCAUUUAGUACUUAUUGACCUAUGUACAGACAUAUUGGAAUGCUUUAACCUUUAGGCUAGAUAUCCAUCUAAUUAAAUAGCUAGCUACAGGGUACAGCAUCAUUGUGCAGCAUCACGAUUCCUAUUAUAAACUGUAUUUUAUCUAUUAUAAACUGUAUUUUUAUCUAUCAUAAACUGUGAGAAUCCCUGGCAUAACAUGAGAUGAGAUUGAAGCACUUUUAUAGUUCGUCAGAGAACAAUUUUUUCCUUCAUCAAUAAGCUUUCUCUGGUAGAGCCAACUGUAAUAUGAUGAUGAUGCUCAGAGCCCUGGGUCUGGACACCACCCUCUGCAACUGGAUCCUGGACUUCCUGAUGGGCAAACCACAGGCUGUGAGGAUAGACAACAACACCUCCUCCGCACUGACUCUUAACACAGGGCCCCCCAUGGGUGUCCUCGGCCCUGUGCUGUACUCCCUGUUCACCAAUGACUGCGUGGCUUUGCACGAAACCAACUCCAUCAUCAAGUUUGCUGACAACACCACGGUUGUAGGCCUGAUAACCAACAACGAUGAGUCAUCCUAUAGGGAGGAAGUAGGUGAACUGGCAUUGUGAUGCCAGGACAGAAACCUCUCCCUCAACAUCAGCAAAACAAAGGAGUUGAUUGUUGACUUCAGGAAGCAGAGGAGGGAACAUGCCCUGAUCCACAUCAACAAGUCAGCAGUUUUGAGUUCCUUGGCGACCACAUCACUGAGGACUUUACAUGGACCAACAACACCACCACUCUUGUCAAGAGGGCAUCUCUACUUCCUAAGGCAGCUGAAGAAAUUUGGCAUGCCACCCCGGGUCCUCUCCAAAUAUUAUUGCUGCACCAUCGAGAGCGUCCUGACCGGUUGCAUUACGGCUUGGUACUGUCAGGAAUUUCUCCGUCCACGACUGCAAGGCCCUUCAGAUGGUGAUGAAGACAGUCCAGCACAUCAAUGGAACCAUGCUCUCACCCUUCCAGGACAUCUACUCACAAUGGUGCCUGAGGAAGGCCUGCAGCAUCAUCAAGGACCCCACACACCCCAGCCAUGAGCUCCUCACCUCAUUACCAUUGGCCAGACGGUAUUGGAGCAUGAGGUCUGAUACCAACAGGCUCAGUCAGUUUCUAUCUAAAAGCCAUCAGACUUCUGAACACUUGAACUGGACUGACCACCUGCACUGACUCUCCUCACCUUAGCACACAUGCACUCACUCACUCACACACGCACACACACACACACACACACACACACACACACAGAUAUACACUCAUCCACACACGCGCGCACACACACACACAUAAAUUCAUACUACACACACAUCACAAUUGCUGCUGAUAAAUUGUGCCUUCCUGUAUUAUACUUAUGCUAAACAUUUUAUUAUAUUCUACUGAGCCAUUUACUUUAUGUUCAUAUUCUUAUCUUUUAUUAUUUCUCAUUGUUGUUGCAUUGUCUAGAAGGAACCUGCAAGUAAGCAUUUUGUUGGACGUUGUAUUGUGGUCCUCUGUAGCUCAAUUGGUAGAGCAUGGCGCUUGUAACGCCAGGGUAGUGGGUUCGAUCCCCGGGACGUAAAAAUGUAUGCACGCAAGACUGUAAGUCGCUUUGGAUAAAAGCGUCUGCUAAAUGGCAUAUUAUUAUUAUUCCAUGUGUAUCCUGUACAUACGACUAAUACAACUUGAAACAUUAAUUACAGGGGAAGCCCAGUAGCUGAAACAGAAGAGGAGGAGGUUCAUCAGAGGAAAGUAGCUACAGCUUACCAUUUAAAUCACUAACCAGAUUGGCUUGGUCUGAUGAAAUACAUCAUUUACCAGGCUCUCUAAAGGUUUAUCUGGCCGAAACAAUAGACAAUCAGGAGGGUACUGUGACUGUCACUGGAGAGUAGACAGGUGCUACCGGUGUGUAGCAGGUCCUCACCAGCAUCCAGGUGACAGCUUCUUUAUGGCACAAGUAAAACAUGGAAUAAUGUAUUCCUGUCCUCACACUGCCACUUUCUGUGAUUGAACCAAACAGGGAACAUAUCAAACAUAUUUAACAGCUGGCCUGUUUCUUUGAGGCUAGCGUGUCUGUGUCAGUGGUGGGUGCAAAAACAGAUAGUUUUUCUGCUACUCUAGAUAUUCUAAUUCUAGAAGAAUUUGUGUAUCUGUGAUAUUAUAAAUCCAUCUAUCAAUGUCGAGCAGCACUUUGAUAAGCAGACUAACCCCUUUGUCCUGUCUGUCUCUCCUCUGAAGAAGAUGGCCCUGCUGUGCUGACAGCAUUCAGGAUGAUCCUAUUAACAGGUACGGGCAGAUGAAAGGCUUAAUGUGACGCCUGUCUGUCUGUCCAUCCUUUCAUCCUCUCCUCUCCAAACCUCACCUCCUAGUCAGUGGCUGUGUCUGUGGCUGUGCCUCUCCUCUCCAAACCUCCCCUCCUAGUCAGUGGCUGUGUCUGUGGCUGUGUCUGUGGCUGUGUGUACUGUUGUUGGUUACUCUGGGGCGUGUGCUGUUUGCUCUCUGCUCAGCCUCCCUCCCUUCAUGCCAGCGGCUGCAGAGCCAGGCUCCUCAUAGCGCCAAACCCAGCCCUAUGCUACUCUGCAUCCCCUGGUCAUGUGUGAGUAAGUGCCAAGGCCCUGGGUUUACCAGUGGAUCGAGGAAAUGACCUUUCAAAUCCAAUACGCUACAUUUAUUGAAUUUACCUAUACCAUAUUUAACAUUUAAAAUAUAUUUUUUCAUGUGAUGUUGUUGGGAUAAUUUCAUCUGUGCAUCUCACUGUGGAUUAUUUGAUAUUUCAGAAAGGUAAACAUGAGCAGAAAGCUGCCACAUCUCUCCCUUUAUAAAGAUCUAGGGCCAAGGCUUAAGGCCAACACUCCUAGCAGAUGCUGAAAGAACACCUGCACUGAGUGCAUACAUCUUUGUGCUUUUAUCCAGCAUCUAAGAAAUAAAAUAAACUAGGUGGUUCGAGCCCUGAAUGCUGAUUGGCUGAAAGCCGUGGUAUAUCAGACCGUAUACCACAGGUAUGAGUGACAAAACAUUUAUUUUUACUGCUCUAAUUACGUUGGUAACUAGUUUAUAAUAGCAAUAAGACACCUCGGGGGUUUGUGGUAUAUGGUCAAUGUACCACAGCUAAGGGUUGUAUCCAGGCACUCUGCUUUGCGUCAUGCAUAAGAACAGCCCUUAGCUGUGGUAUGUUGGCCAUAUACCACACCCCCUCGGGCCUUAUUGCUUAAAUGGAUGUGCAUGACAAUGUGAGAUAUUCAUCCCUCCAGACUGCCCACUGAAGGUACUGGUAGGUCAGCUACAGUAGGACGAGAUGUUUUCUAGGACUUCACCAAUGGGGUUAUCGAUGUCAGUUUAAUUUAGACUGUGCUGGAGACUACAGAUGUGUUUACAGUAAGUGGGUGUUCUGCAGACAGUAGGCCUAAGUGGGUGUUAUUUAGAUGUACAGCUUCACAAGUGGAUCUCCUACUAUCUGAAUGUGUAUCUAGUUCCAGGAGGUGGUACACUACAUGACCAAAAGUAUGUGGACACCUGCUCGUCGAACAUCUCAUUCCAAAAUCAUGAGCAUUAAUAUGGAGUUGGUCCCCCCUUUGGUGCUAUAACAGCCUCCACUCUUCUGGGAAGGCUUUCCACUAGAUGUUGGAACAUUGCUGCAGGGACUUUCUUCCAUUCAGCCACAAGAGCAUUAGUGAGGUCGGGCACUGAUGUUGGGCGAUUAGGCCUGGCUCGCAGUUGGCGUUCCAAUUCAUCCCAAAGGUGUUCGAUGGGGUUGAGGUCAGGGCUCUGCAGGCCAGUAAAGUUCUUCCACACCGAUCUCGACAAACCAUUUCUGUAUGGACCUCGCUUUGUGCACAGGGGCAUUGUCAUGCUGAAACAGGAAAGGGCCUUUCCCAAACUGCUGCCAAAAAGCUGGAAGCACAGAAUCGUCUAGAAUGUCAUUGUAUGCUGUAGCGUUAAGAUUUCCCUUCACUGGAACUAAGAGGCCUAGCCCGAACCAUGAAAAACAGCCCCACACCAUUAUUCCUCCUCCACCAAACUUUACAGUUGGCACUAUGCUAUGAGGCAGGCUGCGUUCUCCUGGCAUCCGCCAAACCCAGAUUAGUCCGUCGGACUGCCAGAUGGUGAAGCGUGAUUCAUCCCUCCAGAGAACUCGUUUCCACUGCUCCAGAGUCCAAUGGCGGCGAGCUUUACACCACUCCAGUCGACGCUUGGCAUUGCACAUGGUGAUCUUAGGCUUGUGUGCGGCUGCUCGGCCAUUUCAUUAAGCUCCCAACAAACAGUUACGUUGCUUCCAGAGGCAGUUUGGAACUCAGUAGUGAGUGUUGCAACUGAGGACAGACGAUAAUGCGCGCUUCAGCACUCGGCGGUCCCGUUCUGUGAGCUUGUGUGGCCUACCACUUCGCGGCUGAGCCGUUGUUGCUCCUAGACGUUUCCACUUCACAAUAACAGCACUUACAGUUGACCAGGGUUGAGGUGGCGUCCUAUGACGGUGCCACGUUGAAAGUCACUGAGCUCUUCAGUAAGGCCAUUCUACUGCCAAUGUUUGUCUAUGGAGAUUGUAUGGCUGUGUGCUCCAUUUUAUACACUUUAUACAACGGGUGUGGCUGAAAUAGCCGAAUCCACAAAUUUGAAGGGGUGUCCACAUAUUUAUGUAUGUAUGUAUGUAUAUAUAUAUAUAUAUAUAUAGUGGGGGGAAAAAAAAAAAAAAAAAAAAAAAAAAAAGUAUUUAGUCAUUUUGAGUGAAAACCUCCUUCCAUCAGCAAGGGCAUUGAAGAUGAAACGUGGCUGGGUCUUUCAGCAUGACAAUGAUCCCAAAUACACCGCCCGGGCAACGAAGGAGUGGCUUCGUAAGAAGCAUUUCAAGGUCCUGGAGUGGCCUAGCCAGUCUCCAGAUCUCAACCCCAUAGAAAAUCUUUGGAGGGAGUUGAAAGUCCGUGUUGCCCAGCGACAGUCCCAAAACAUCACUGCUCUAGAGGAGAUCUGCAUGGAGGAAUGGGCCAAAAUACCAGCAACAGUGUGUGAAAACCUUGUGAAGACUUACAGAAAUGUUUGACCUGUGUCAUUGCCAACAAAGGGUAUAUGAACAAAGUAUUGAGAAACUUUUGUUAUUGACCAAAUACUUAUUUUCCACCAUAAUUUGCAAAUAAAUUCAUAAAAAAUCCUACAAUGUGAUUUUCUGGAUUCUUUUUCCUCAUUUUGUCUGUCAUAGUUGACGUGUACCUAUGAUGAAAAUUACAGGCCUCUCUCAUCUUUUUAAGUGGGAGAACUUGCACAAUUGGUGGCUGACUAAAUACUUUUUUCCCCCACUGUAUAUAUAUAUAUAUAUAUAUAUAUAUAUAUAUAUAUAUAUAUAUAUAUAUAUAUAUAUAUAUAUAUAUAUAUAUAUAUAUAUAGUGUAUUUUUGUGUUAAACCAUACUGUGGUAGUUUUAUUUGACGAUAUGUGUUUCCCAUUGUAUUCAUUUUUGAAAACAUGGAAAAAUGUAUGUUGCUUGGGUGCUGAGGUGUAUGUGAACGUAUGUAUACUAUGCGUAUACUAUACUGUUAAUGUGUGUGUGUUUGUGUGUGCAUGCAUACCUGCGUGUGUGUGUGUUUCUGCAUGUGUGUGUAUGUGCUGCUAUAUAUUCAGUGGGGGAAAAAAGUAUUUAGUCAGCCACCAAUUGUGCCAGUUCUCCCACUUAAAAAGAUGAGAGAGGCCUGUAAUUUUCAUCAUAGGUACACGUCAACUAUGACAGACAAAUUGAGGAAAAAAAAUCCAGAAAAUCACAUUGUAGGAUUUUUAAUGAAUUUAUUUGCAAAUUAUGGUGGAAAAUAAGUAUUUGGUCACCUACAAACAAGCAAGAUGUCUGGCUCUCACAGACCUGUAACUUCUUCUUUAAGAGGCUCCUCUGUCCUCCACUCGUUACCUGUAUUAAUGGCACCUGUUUGAACUUGUUAUCAGUAUAAAAGACACCUGUCCACAACCUCAAACAGUCACACUCCAAACUCCACUAUGGCCAAGACCAAAGAGCUGUCAAAGGACACCAGAAACAAAAUUGUAGACCUGCACCAGGCUGGGAAGACUGAAUCUGCAAUAGGUAAGCAGCUUGGUUUGAAGAAAUCAACUGUGGGAGCAAUUAUUAGGAAAUGGAAGACAUACAAGACCACUGAUAAUCUCCCUCGAUCUGGGGCUCCACGCAAGAUCUCACCCCGUGGGGUCAAAAUGAUCACAAGAACGGUGAGCAAAAAUCCCAGAACCACAUGGGGGGACCUAGUGAAUGACCUGCAGAGAGCUGGGACCAAAGUAACAAAGCCUACCAUCAGUAACACACUACGCCGCCAGGGACACAAAUCCUGCAGUGCCAGACGUGUCCCCCUGCUUAAGCCAGUACAUUUCCAGGCCCGUCUGAAGUUUGCUAGAGUGCAUUUGGAUGAUCCAGAAGAGGAUUGGGAGAAUGUCAUAUGGUCAGAUGAAACCAAAAUAUAACUUUUUGGUAAAAACUCAACUCGUCGUGUUUGGAGGACAAAGAAUGCUGAGUUGCAUCCAAAGAACACCAUACCUACUGUGAAGCAUGGGGGUGGAAACAUCAUGCUUUGGGGCUGUUUUUCUGCAAAGGGACCAGGACGACUGAUCUGUGUAAAGGAAAGAAUGAAUGGGGCCAUGUAUCGUGAGAUUUUGCGUGAAAACCUCCUUCCAUCAGCAAGGGCAUUGAAGAUGAAACGUGGCUGGGUCUUUCAGCAUGACAAUGAUCCCAAACACACCGCCCGGGCAACGAAGGAGUGGCUUCGUAAGAAGCAUUUCAAGGUCGUGGAGUGGCCUAGCCAGUCUCCAGAUCUCAACCCCAUAGAAAAUCUUUGGAGGGAGUUGAAAGUCUGUGUUGCCCAGCGACAGCCCCAAAACAUCACUGCUCUAGAGGAGAUCUGCAUGGAGGAAUGGGCCAAAAUACCAGGAACAGUGUGUGAAAACCUUGUGAAGACUUACAGAAAACGUUUGACCUGUGUCAUUGCCAACAAAGGGUAUAUGAACAAAGUAUUGAAAAACUUUUGUUAUUGACCAAAUACUUAUUUUCCACCAUAAUUUGCAAAUAAAUUCAUUAAAAAUCCUACAAUGUGAUUUUCAGGAUUUUUUUUUCUCAUUUUGUCUGUCAUAGUUGACGUGUACCUAUGAUGAAAAUUACAGGCCUCUCUCAUCUUUUUAUGUGGGAGAACUUGCACAAUUGGUGGCUGACUAAAUACUUUUUUCCCCCACUGUAAAUGUCUCAUAAAAGUCCGUCUUUGGUAACACACUCCCUCCCCCUCUCUCUGUGUUUGUUCAGCUCUGGACUGAUAAUGACUGUGCUUCACUAGACAAAAGACAGUUAGCAGUACAAUCCUCACAGCUUGGCACAGCUUCUGUGGAAAACCCCUCUGCUAGUUUGACCUUCAUAGGGGUUAGGGAUGCUUGUGCUCAGACUCAUCUGGCUGGCUGUCAGUCUCAACAUCAUUCCUAGCUCAUGAGUUGUCUCUAUAAUUUACCUCUCAGCUGUACAGGGCGGCUCCCUCAAGCCUCUCAUUGGCUUGCAAAGCACUCAGUCAAACCUCUUGUUCGUAAAAAAAUAUCCCCCUCAUCCAAUGAAAGAAAGGCUCAGGGCAGAAGGAGUCCUUCCUUAGUAAGCUAGAUUGUGGCAUGUCUGAGGGAACCACAUGGCCUCUGACUGAGCUGCAGCCCCUCCCCCAUUCCCUAACCUCCCCCACGGGAAGUGCUUGUUUCCCAGCAUUCAGAAAUAACCAGGCAGCAGGUAGCACUGCAACAUGAGCACAUUCCCUCUAGCAGUGUCUACCGGGCUGGGGGAGUAUUCUGCUCUGCUGCUGGAAUGCUGUGUGUUUCUGUCUGUGUGUGUCUAGAUGGAAAGUGUGCUUUUGUGCUAGUGUUCAUGGGUCUUUAUAGGUAUAUGUGUUGAGUUCUUUCCCCUGGUUUUAUCUCUGAGAGCUCUUGAGAGAGUGAGUGUCUUGAUGCAUAUAUCACCAUGCUGUUGCCCUGAGGGCAGUCCAUGUCAACACAGUGUUGUGUGGGGGUGUUCUGACAUCUGACCACAACACAGUUCCACUGACUGACUAAUGCUGUUUUCUUCACAUCAGCAAUCCCUGUCCUCAAUAUAGAACUAUUACGUAAUAGGAGGGAGAAUGACUCGAUCAUCUGCAAAAUCAUUGGCAAAUCUGUAGAAAAGGAAUGUGGGUGGAAACAGAGUGAUCGGUCAUGGGAUUUCAGGGGCUUCCAGUAGUGUAUCUGAUGACAUUACAAAGUCAUUUUAGUUAAAUAACAUAGCUUUAUUUUUCUAGGAUUCAUUUAGCCAAUUGUAGUGAAGGUAUCAUAUAUGACCACAGUGAACAGGUUUGACAUUUUCAUAUCAAUUGUAUGUUGUGUCUCAUUAAGACCUAUUAUGCUAAUUGAUGUGAUGAGGCUGGAAUAAUUAUGCUUCUGGACUAGUGAGGUAAAAUAUUUCAAAGACAAAUAACCCAUUGCUUUCUCUCUCUCAAUUAAAUUAGUGGAUACACAUUUCUGUACACAUAUUACUAUGUCAUUUGUACAUUGUAAAUAGUUUGCUGUUAAAGGGGCAAUCCUUAGACCUAUCCCUCUGGACACAGACCUCAGUUCAACGUACAUUUUUUAUUUACAUUUGGUUGAGUUGUCAACGAACGUGAAUUCACCAUGACAUUGGAUUUAGGUAAAAAUUUGGGUGAAAAAAAGACGGAAUUCCCUUACGUUGAUGACUUUUUACAAAUCCAAUCAGUUUUCCACGAUGAUUCAAUGUCAUCACAUUUUUAUAUUUUAUUGAAAUGAUGUGGAAACAACAUUGAUUCAACCAGUUUUUGCCCAGUGGGAUAGAUGCAAGGACUGACCUUCCAAGAUAUCAAAAUUAUAGUUUUAAGCAUGUUUUGAGGCUAAACAGUGUUUGUUUACAUUUACAAUGUUUACAAACAUUGGAUUAAAACGAGUUUAUAUUUUGGGUUCUGAUGGGGUUUGACAGUGUUCUUCAAGAAUCAAUGGGCUCAUAUAUAUCAUUAUACUGUACUGUAUAUCCUAAGUCCAAAAAUGGAUGUAGCAACUGCAGAUUGCCCCUUUAAACGAAUCUCUGCUCCUGUUUAUUUUCUCCGCACAGAGGAAUAUAAUGGCCACAGUCAUAAUAACUCUAUAGAGGACGGAGGGACACAGCUACCUGGACACAUAGAGGUGAGUCCCAUGACCCCAUGUUGACCUGCCUGGACCCUGUCCUUUCCCUCAACAUGAACAUAUCCCUGCCCUAGUUGACUUCCCAAGCUCUCUGUGCUGUAAUGCAGCAGUGUUCUGCAAUGCAACGGGCAAAUUCAUUGAAAGCAACAACAACAACAACACAUCAGAUUAUUUACAUGAUAAAGGUUAACGCAAUUCUGAAGGUAUACUGGAUUAGUAGAUUCAUUUUUGCACUUAUGUGCGUAUAUGGCUGUACGAAAUGUAUGAUUAUGUGCUUGUUUUUAGUCUUCCUCCACAUGCUUGAUCAAACCUCAUCCAUGAUCAAUAUUGUUGACCAAUAGUGAGUGUGUAUUGAAAAGAGGUUGUUUUGCAUGCCUUUGUCUACCUUGCCUACAUUGGAAACAACUGACCUCUUUAUACUACUGUUCUCAUUGUUCAGUCACAAGACCUCAGUGUCUCUCAGAGAGCUCCUCUCUUUAUCAGAUUAGCGCUCCCCAGGCAAUAAGCACAAACUAAAAUGCUACCUACAGAGAGAAUAUUAGUGUGUCUGUGUCGGUGUUCUCUAUCCAGCAGGAAUCUGUUGUUCAAGGACGAGGGAACUUGAACACUUUCUCCCUCACUCAUAUUCAAGCAUGCUUUGACACAUAAAGGUGGAAGGCCAUACAUUUCAAAUUGUUCUAAUAUGCUUUCUCCAACUUAAUUCUGUUGAUGAUCAUGUGAAUUGUAUGCUGUAUCCACACACUGUUUCCUUCCUCCCUGUUUGUGGGUGUGGGGGCUGAUAAACGAAAAGGGGAGGGGCUCUGUUUCUAUUCCUGAUCACAGUGUGUCCUCCAGAACCAGGAUACUGCUUUAUAUAGGGAUCCACCUAUGCUUUGUCGCACACAAAGCUAAUUGGACUGAAGUGCUUUUCCUCCUAGUCACACGGUGAAACAGACCCCACACAGGCAAUCCUUCUUCACAAAUUAAGUUCAAAAGAUGAUGUAGGACCUGGAAUCGGUGAACAUAAUCUUAGCCGAUUGGAUCCAGGUCCAAGGCUGUGUCGAUAAGGUUUUUCCCCCUGUGUCGUCCUGACUGCAGGGCAUAGCACUGUACAUACUUAGCUAUACCCCUCAGGUGGAAUAACACCAGGAGUAAACAAACCUAGUUGAGAAACAGCCUUUAACCCACUGUAUAUACAAUCUCCUGAAUUUCACAAGCAUUUAACUUUUUGACAAUGGUGCAGUUUCUCUAUACUGAGACUUUCUCCUGCACAUGCUUAAUAUGCUUAUAAAUCAACUGGAGUGUGGAGUGUUGAACUGAGGGUAGCUGCAACCCUGGCAAACUGGAGAGUGGAGCGUUGAACUGAGGGUAGCUGCAACCCUGGCAAACUGGAGAGUGGAGCGUUGAACUGAGGGUAGCUGCAACCCUGGCAAACUGGAGAGUGGAGCGUUGUGAUUGAAGAGUAUUGUCAGUGCCAGUUUUGGGGCUUGAAUCAAGAAGUGGCUGUAUACUGGUCUGGGAUGAUCUGAGAAUAUCAAGGAUAGGUGUAACGUUAUUAUAAAAACCAGAAAGUUCAUUUCAGGCCCUAGUGCAGUAUGUACCUCUUUGCUUGCCAUAGUUGAGGGCUAAGUUUAGUAUAAUGAUAGGCAUGACUUUUUGCAAGUCACUGGAAGAUGUCCAGGAUCCACUGCCUCUUAACUCCUAUUCAAGUUACAUAAGACAAACCACACAAAGAGAGAAGGUCCACACUCAUUACAAAAAUAAAUCUGUUUAUUUCAUUUUGGGGCGUGUCCUAAACUAUAUACUAAACUACUACCAUGUACUUUUAACGUGCUUUUAACGUACAUCGUCACAUUCAGUAAACAGAUGUUCUCUGUUCAUAGGAGGAGGAGAGAAAUAGUCUGUGUGUUUUCUGACACUCUUCUCUGUCUGCCCUCCAGACUGACAGACUACAGCAGAACAAAGACACUGUGUUCUUCAGGGACGGGGUUCGCAGGAUUGACUUCAUACUGUCCUACCUAGAUGACAAGGAUGGAGAGAAGAAGCAGGUGGGCAGCAUAGUGCACCAUAAUCAACACAGAGACAGAGAGCAUUGUGUGGUUACAGAGAGACACAUGACAGUUUAUAAACACGGACAUGACAGCACAGUGCAUUAACCUUGGAUUGGUCAGGCUUGCUUUGACCACAUGACCAGCCUGAAUCAGUGUAUUAAGAGGAGAAGGUGGCUAAUAGGAAGUGGUUGACAAGUUGCCAGUGGUUGAAACUUUGUUGUUGGGGAAAUUGACAGAGAGGCAAAGAUGUCAUGCCACAGACAGACCAUGGACAAACCAAGUUUCACUAUUGCAAGGCUAUGAUGCCUGUGCCCUCUAGCUUCUGAUUUUGGGACUUUGAGAAUGCUGUGACUGGUGCCAGGCAUUCUUUCAACAGAGCCUCUACAAGAACAGAAUGGAUCCUCCCCAGGAUAAAUGAUGAGAGUGAAUGGGGAAGUUAGAAUACAAGGACGGAUGGAAGGAUAAAGUGAUAGCAGCAAUGAUAGAAGGGGAGGGAGAUACAAGGAUAAAUGCUUUUCAGCCCUGGUCCUUGCUAUUGCGUAAAGUGCAUGUGUGUCUGUCUCUGUGUAUUUGUACAGGAGAGGAGGAGGGAGUUUGAGGCCAACCUUAAGAAGGCUGGAUUGGAGCUUGAGAAUGAGGACAAAUCGGUGAGUUACCCAUCCGUAGCACGCUGGUGUCCUCUAGUGGUCAUCAUGCAGCAGCACAUCACAUUACUGCAAAGUGGGGAAUAUCUCAGCAGAGCUUUCUUAAAGGGGAAUUCCACUCCACAGUCUUCUUUCCUCAGUGGUAGAAGGGUGUCUAACAUACACAAAACAUUAGGAACACCUGCUCUUUCCAUGACAUAGACUAACCAGGUGAAAUCCAGGUGAAAGCUACAAUAUAAGGAAGGUGUUCCUAAUGUUUGGUAUACUCGGUGUAUGUUUCUAUUUGUUUUCUUUGCAACCUUUUAGGUGAAAAUGAGUACUAUAUUCAAAUGGAGAAUUUAGAAAAUUAGUACAUUUACUCAAUCUUUUAAACGAUUCCUCUGUUUUGUGCUUAAAUAUAUGGUCAGUCAAAUUGCCUCGCUCUGUCCUCUCUCUCAACUCAUUCCUCUUAGGACUCAGAUGAUCUGAAAACGCACUUCCUGAAGAUCCACGCCCCGUGGGAGGUGUUGGCCACCUACGCUGACGUGCUGAAGAUCAAGGUUCCCUUUAAGGCCAGUGACAUCCCCCACGGACAGGACGUUCCACUGGAGUGGCUCUCCCGACCGUUCCGCCUGCCAGAGAGCGUGAUGCGCCCACAGCCUGACUACUUCACCUCUCCAUUUGAUAAGGACAAGAUAGACUUCUUCCUCAUCAACAACCGAGACACCUUCUUUCCCCCCUCCACACGCAACAGAAUAGUGAGUACAGUAUCUUAACACAGAAUCCACAGAGACACACACACACACUGAUCUGAUGUCCCUUCCUGUCAGGUGUACUACAUCCUGUCUCGCUGUCCGUACUAUAAAGAGGACCGCAAGGAGAGAGACAAGAAAGGUAUCAAGCGGUUGCUGAACAACGGGACCUACACCUCAGCCUUCCCACUUCAUGAUGUAAGAAACACGUGACGCCCUACCUACAUCUGCACGUUUACAUAAGGACAGUAGAUUUAAUGUGAUGAUGUCAGAUUUGUUCUAAAACUAGAACUGAUUAUGCUCCUGUCUCCUAUGCUGUCAGUGUCGAUACUGGGAGAGGGACACAAAUGACCAGUGUGAGAGCGAACGCUACCACCUCUAUAAGAAUUGGGCUAGGUUCCUCUGUUUCUACAAGGAGCAGCCCCUCAACCUCAUCAGGUCAGACAACAUCGGCUGGACAUCGGUUACAUUUCCCCCAUGCAUAGACGCAAUGAUCUACAGGGGGGGGGGGCUUUAAACUUACUCUUGAAAGUUGUAAUAGUAGAAUGCACAAGGUGCAAUUUCGAAAUUGGAUAGUGCAUCAUCAGUUCCUCUUGUCAUGUUAGUCAUUGCAUACCUUAGAGAGCUAUUUAUAACUUGUCAUAAAUGUCCAGAUCAACUAACCCAUGUCAGCUAAUGUUUUUUUAUUUAGGUUUUUUAGCCCAUAGAUAUUGUUGUAAUAAUUGUUGUUACUCAAAUAUCACAUGAAUACACAUUACACAUCGCAAAAUGUAUAGAAUUGCAAGAAAAUUAGCUUUAAAACUGCAAAAUGUUCUUUGCACCCCAUGACAAAAUGUGUAGAAUUGCAUGAAAUAACCUGCAACAUUCUCUCCCCCAACAAGAGGGGUGUGAACAGUUUAUGUCAUGAACAGUGCUUGUGCCCAUAGAAAUAGACAUGGCACAUGUGCACACGCAGGGGGGACGCAGGAUGUUCCCCAAUGCUGGAAGGGGGGCCCCGAGUGAAACAUGUUGGGAACCCCUGGUCUAUAAGACCAUGCAAAUAAUAAGUGUCCCUACUCCCUAAUGUCAAAUAAGUUGAAUUAGCUCUGUAUUAUUAACAGGAAGUAUUAUGGGGAGAAGAUUGGGAUCUACUUUGCCUGGCUGGGCUUCUACACAGAGAUGUUGUUCAUUGCUGCGGUCAUGGGCGUCAUAUGUUUUACCUACGGUGUGCUAAGCUACGAUGACAAUUUAACAAGGUUAGUACCACCAGGGGGCAGAAAGGUGCCUUAUUUGAAAAAUAGGAAAACACUUCAUUUGCUGCGUUUAAACAGGCAGCCCAAUUCUAAUAUUUUUCCCGAUUAUUGGCAGAAGAUCUGAUCUCAUUGGUCAAAAUACAAAUUAUUGGGCUGCCUGUUUAAACACAGCCUUUGAAUCAUGCCCAAGUGGGCUCUCAUAGACACAUACAUACACACACACACACACACACACCUGAUGGUGUGUAUUCAAUAUAAUAAUAAUUAUUAUGUAAAAAAAUAUAUACAUCUUUGUUGUUGCACAUCCAACAGUACACUAAAUCACACAACUGUGUCAGUCUGUACAGGACAUGUUUAAUCACGUCAUAUCAAAUGUAUUAAUGUUCUUUCUCACUUUCUAUUCUUCCUCUUUAUCUCUCCCACAGUAAGGAGAUCUGUGACCCCAGCAUUGGAGGGAGUAUUGUGAUGUGUCCGCUGUGUGAUAAGAAGUGUAGUUACUGGAAGCUCAACUCCACGUGCCUCUCAUCCUGGGUAAGGGAACAUACACAGUUUAUUCUGUCAUAACGUAAUCUUUCCUCAAAUGGCUAAUCAUAACUCUUGAUGAUUAGCCAUUACAUCUAAUUCUUGAUGGCUCCUCACACUUAAAAAUAAUGUCUGUGUAAAUAUUAUGCAUGACUAGCUUAUUCUUAUAUUGUUUAAACCAGCCUGUCAAUCAAAGCCUGUGAGAUCUCCCAUGCUGAGGGUGCAGUAUGUCAUCUUGCUGUGGCCAAAGCACAGCAUGUCAUUUUGUCUGGGUGGUUAGGAGCUCAUCCUGUGCUGUGUUCCCUCUUCCAGCAAUCCCAUCUGUUUGAUAACGAGGGGACCGUGUUCUUUGCUAUGUUUAUGGGGAUCUGGGGUAAGUGUCUGUCCACUCUGUUGUUGCUCUAUUUAACCUGUUGGAGAAUUACAGUACAUCCCCUGUGAGGGAGACAGACUGUUACUGUUAGAGUUUAAUGACCCGCCAAUUCCCUGUCGGUUCUGCAGUGACUCUGUUCCUGGAGUUCUGGAAGCGGCGGCAGGCCCAGUUGGAAUAUGAGUGGGACCUGGUGGAUUUCGAGGAGGAGCAGCAGCAGCUCCAGAUCCGCCCGGAGUUUGAGACCAGGUGCACUGACCAGAGACUCAACCGGAUCACCCAGGUACGGGCUGACAACUUGUUAAUACACACUACUUGUAAUACUGUGAAAAUUCUAAAGUAUUCAAUGUAAACUACUGACUGGGCUUUCUGUUCUUUGUUACUGUGCAGGAAAUGGAGCCAUACCUACCCCUCCCCAAAAAGUGUGGUCGCUUUUGCCUCUCCGGGGUUACUGUUCUGUUCUGGGUAAGCCAACAUACUACACAAAUUCUGUGUGUCUGCAAGCAUUUGUUCGCCAUUGUGCAGUAUACUGGAUGUGCAUGUGGAUUUUGUAUUCUCCACAGAUACUUCUGAUUGUGGCCUGUAUAACUGGGGUGAUAGUCUACAGGCUGGCUGUGUAUGCAGCCUUCGCCAGCAUCAUGAAGGACAGCCCCACUAAAAAGAUCCAUCUGGUGGGCUCUCUCAUCACCCCGCAGCUUGCUACCUCUGUCACCGCCUCCUUUAUCAACUUUGUCAUCAUUAUGAUCCUCAACUUCUUCUAUGAGCGAGUGGCCAUCUGGAUCACUGAUAUGGGUGAGGAGGAGAAGAUCGUUAUCAUGAUGAUUAUCUCAGGAGGAGCAGGAAAUGCAGGGAAAUGGAACACAGUUGGCACAUCAAGUUAAAGUGAUGUUUACCCCAAGUCACAUUUCCUACUCAUUAUUUUAAAAACAUUUUCUCUCCUAUAAAUAUUCACUGAUACCUCAGAAAUACGUUGCACCCAUUAGUGUAUGCCUCUGACCUCCUACUACUUGAUUCAACAGAAAUUCCCAAGACACAUCUGGAGUAUGAAAACAAGUUGACAAUGAAGAUGUUCCUCUUCCAGUUUGUCAACUACUAUUCCUCAUGUUUCUACGUGGCCUUCUUCAAGGGCAAAUUUGUGGGUUACCCUGGCAACUACACUUACAUGUUUGGCAAAUACAGCAGGCUGAGGAACGAGGAGGUGAGCUUUUUCACAUAGCAUCUACAGCAUAUCAACACAUCAUUCUACUAUAUGAAACUCACUUUUGAAGAAUGAACUACAGUAUUUAUGUUUUGAUGUCAAACCUAACUGUUAAACACCCACUGCAACUUGUCCCAGUGUGACCCAGGAGGCUGUCUGAUUGAGCUGACCACCCAGCUGGUGAUCAUCAUGACAGGGAAGCAGCUGUGUGGGAACAUCCAGGAGGCCUUACUGCCGUGAGUUACACUGACCUCUCACCAACUUCUGAUAGACUGCGAAAUGUACCUCGAUCACCUUUCAGUUGCAUAUGUAAUCCACCAUGGGGUGUGAACCAGCUUGAACUUGUUAAAGAUGUACGACAUUCAGUAUGUAAAUUGUACACAUGUGCCCUCCUCAGAGUUCAAUUUUCUCUCGAUCUAUGUUGUAUCCUGUCAGGCUGCUGAGGAACUGGUGGUGCAGCAGGAAGGCCCGGAAAAACCAGUACAGCCGCUGGGAGCAGGACCACGACCUGCAGAACUUCAGCCAGCUGGGCCUUUUCUAUGAGUACCUGGAGAUGGGUAAGAAGGCCCCUAACCCACUUCACUCUCUUCCCACAAGAGACUGUGUAGGGCUGUUCAUCAACAUGCUCUCUUUCUCUCUUUCCCUCCUACUCAAUGCAGUAAUCCAGUUUGGCUUCAUCACUCUGUUUGUGGCCUCUUUCCCCCUGGCCCCCCUGCUGGCCCUCUGUAACAACAUCCUGGAGGUCAGAGUGGACGCCUGGAAGUUCACCACCCAGUUCCGCCGGCCUGUGGCGGCCAAGGCCCACAACAUCGGAGCCUGGCAGGAGAUCCUCAAUGUGGUGGCCAUCUUGUCCGUUGUCACCAAUGUGAGUAGGAGUAAAGCUGGUUGCAUCAUUGUUGUUAUCAAGUGUUCAAAUCUAUGUCUUUACUGUUGAACAGGCCCAUUUUAUCAUUCAUAUAUACUGUAUAAUCAGAAUACAUAAAUAAAUAGUUAAAUGUGUCUCUGAUCCCAUCUCAUGCUCUCUCAUCUCCCCAGGCAUUCAUCAUGGCCUUUACUUCAGACAUGAUCCCCCGCCUGGUCUACCUGUAUGCCUACCACCCUGGCUCUGAAGCCACCAUGAGUGGCUACAUCAACAGCAGCCUGUCAGUGUAUGACAUCUCCCAGAUCCCUCUCCUCAGUACGCCCGAGGAUGGGGCGAUUCCUGCCUGGUUCAACAGCUCCUUCAUCACCACCUGCAGGUGGGUAGAGACCGCAAUGCCAGGCCACUCACAUGCACAUUUUAUACACCCUUUGUCUUGACUUCACUUGAAGUCUUGACUAUGGAGCUCUGAUUGUAUUCAUCCAGAUGUUUACCGAGGACUGCACAGGUCAAUGCUUGGGGUUUAGCAGUAUUGAAUGUAGUUGCUGUGUCCUGACAUUGGCCCUAUAUGUUGUCUCAGGUAUCGUGACUACCGCUACCCUCCAGGCCACCAGAGGCAGUACUCCCAAACUAUGCAGUUCUGGCACAUCCUGGCAGCCAAACUGGCCUUCAUCAUUAUCAUGGAGGUAAGCCAUCCAAAAUAUGUCUAUCAAACACAGCACAUCUCUCCCUUCUAAACCAGCAGGUGCUCUCUACAUUACAUACAGUAUGCUCCAGAGCCCAGUCUUUGCUAUCACUGUCUUUCAACAUGUUAUCAUCUGUACUUCAUAAGGUGAGUGUGUGAUAAUGGUAUGCUCUGUAAAAACCCUCUUCCUUUCCCAUCAGCACGUGGUGUUUGUGGUGAAGUUCUUUGUGGCCUGGCUGAUCCCGGAUGUGCCGUCCGAGGUGAAGGCUCGGAUCAAACGGGAACGUUACCUCAUCCAGGAAUACCUGCACAGCUACGAGGUUGAGAAGCUCAAGAUCCAGCUGAGUCAGAGUUUUAUCAUUGAACCCAAACCUGAGGUCUGCACUGCCACCGACAAACAUGACGUGUUAUCUGAGUGCCUGUAG